AUGCCCGAUUUUUAUCAUAAGAUUAAAGAUUUCCAGUAUUAUACAUGGCAUAUUACUGAUUGGAAAAAUUUAGAAAAGAGAGUAAAAAGUCCUGAAUUCGAGGCUGGCGGUUGGAAAUGGCAACUUUUGCUUUUUCCUCUUGGAAAUUAUAAUUAUGAAGAGACAAAUCACAUUGCAAUUUAUUUGGACUUUGUUGAUCCACAAGAAAUACGUUAUGGUUGGCACACUUGUGUGCAGUUCGCUUUACUCUUAUGGAAUCAAAAAGAACCAACGGAGUUCGCUAGUCAACAUACAUAUCAUCUUUUCUCUGCCGAGGAACUUGAUUGGGGUUUUGCAAAAUUUUGUAAUAGGAGUAAAUUGUUUACUCCAUCUGAUAACCGAACUCAUCCGCUAAUUGAAAAUAACUCUUGUAAUAUUACGGUUUUUGUUCGUAUUUUUGAGAAUCCAACCGAGUACAUAGGAUUAAAAAAUCAAGGAGAAGAAGAAAGUAUCUCCUCAGCUUUACAACGGAUUUUUUAUCAAUUAAAUAUUUCCGAGACUUCGGUUAAAACAACAGAAUUAAUAAAAUUUUUUGGAUGGAAUAAGUUUUUUAUAAACGAUGUUCGAGAAUUUAUUAGAAUAAUGCUAGAUGACCUUAAGAAUAAUAUGAAGAGUACAAAAGCUGAUGGUAAAAUUUCUGAACUAUUUGCUGGCACGAUAAAAACUUAUAUUAAAUGUGUUGACGUAGACUAUGAGUUUAUACGUGUUGAAGAUUACUAUGAUAUUCAACUUGAUGUUAAAGGGUGCAAGACUUUAGACGAAUCAUUUAUGAAAUAUAUACAAGAAGAAACAUUAGACGAAGAUAAUAAAUAUUACGCGGGAGACUAUGGUUUACAAGUUGCGAAAAAAAGAAUAAUGUUCGAAAGUUUUCCACCUGUAUUGCAUUUACAAUUAAAAAGAUUUGAAUAUGAUGAUAAGAGUAAUAAAAUGGUCAAGUUGAAUAGUUAUUAUGAAUUUCCAAUGGAAAUUGAUUUACAAAAAUUUAUGUCACCAGGCGCAAUUAAUUUACAAUCGCAUAAAUAUUUACUACAUGGUGUACUUGUUCGCGCCGAUGAUUGUAAUUGGGAAGAAGAUCGCUAUUUCGCAUUUCUAAAACCUGAAAAUGAUCAUAAAUGGAUAAAAUUUGAUGAUAAACAAGUUACACCAGCAUCAAUUAAUUAUGGUUACGAAGGUAUAUUGCAAUCCAAGAAUGCAUAUAUGUUGAUAUAUAUUCGUGAGUCUAAUGUUGAUGAGAUAUUGUCCCCAAUACUUCCUGAAGAGAUGCCGAAACACUUACAAAGCAGGUUAGAUAACGAAAAUACUGAAUUUAAACAUAAUGCAGAAGAAAUAUAUUUACAACCAUGGGUUGUGACUGAAAAGGUAGUUAAAGAUCAUACAGGAUUUGACCUUGUUAAUUUUGAUAAUCAACAAUAUCCAUUAUCGGAAAUUCCAAAAUUCAAAAUUUUAAAGGGGGACACUUACAGUUCUUUCAAGAAGAUGAUUGCUACAAAGUUUAAAGUUCCUAUUGAUAAAAUAAGAUUUUGGGUAAUUGUAAAACGACAAAAUAAAACUAUUAGGCUAGAUAAUCUUAUAAAAGAUGAUUUUCUUAACUCAUCAAUGGAAGAAAUCAAAAUUAAAAUAUCGGGAAAUAAUGAUUUAAGACUUUAUAUGGAAAUAUUAGAAACUCCAAUAAAUAUCAAGAAAGGAUCUUUACCAACUGGGACUUUUAUCAUUUUUAUAAAAUAUUUUAAUCCGGAUACUCAAUCAUUAGAAAGCCUUGGUCAAUUAUAUAUUCAGAAACAUUGUAGGGUUGACAGUAUUUUUCCGAUUCUCUGCAAGAAAAAGCAAUUCCCAUCAAAUACGCCUUUAAAUAUUUAUGAAGAGAUUACACCACGCAUGAUAAAAAAAAUGAAGCCAAAACAUACUUUUGGCAAAUCCAAUAUACAAAAUGGUGAUAUAAUAUGUUUCCAAAAGGCAUUAAAGAAUAAAGAGAUUUUAGACCAUAUUUUAGCGGGCCGUUUAAAUACUAUUUCUCAAUUUUACGAAUUAUUAUCAGAAAAUAUAAUUGUUAAAUUUAAGUCAAAACUUGGGUAUCGAGAUCCAAAGCCCGAAUUUGAUUUAGUUUUAAAUAAAAACAUGUCUUAUGAAAUUGUAGCUAAUCAAGUCGCUACUUAUCUUAAUACUGAUCCUUUAAGGUUACAUUUUUCGAUGAUAGAUUCAUCUAGAAAGAUAAAUGAUAUAAAUAGAACUAUUAAUCAGACAUUAUCAGAAAUUCUUCAAUCAUCAACAUUCAUAUAUUACGAA